GUGUUCGUAGUCGUACACGGAGGAAGUCGCUCGCUAUAAAAGCCGCCCUCUGGGGUCCAACUCCUCUGUGGACUUGGCUUCAUCGGAAAAAUAUUUCGGUCAUCGGAGACAAGAAUUUUGUGAGAUGGACAAGGAAAAUGAGCAAGAGAUGGAGUGGCUUCAAGCCCAAAAGCUGGAGAUAAACGUUGAUCUCAUGGCUGCAGCUAAGCAACAGCUUCAGUUCCUUGCAACUGUUGACCAGAAUCGUUGGCUCUAUGAAGGCCCUUCACUUGCCAGAGCCAUCUAUAGGUACAAUGCUUGCUGGCUUCCCUUGCUUGCCAAAUACUCGGAGGAUUCGUCUAUCCGUGAAAGCCCUUUGGUUCCUCCUCUUGACUGUGAAUGGGUUUGGCAUUGCCAUAGGCUGAAUCCGGUGAGAUACAAAUCUGACUGUGAGCAGCUUUACGGGAGGGUUCUUGACAAUUCUUACGUGGUAUCUUCCACAAACGGGCACUGCAAAAAACAAACCGAGGAUCUCUGGAAUGUGCUGUAUCCUGAAGAGCCUUAUGACAUAGAUUUGGUUAAGGCAGACUCAGUUGAUGUCUCUGAGAAGAUGUCGGCUCUUGAAAAAUGCACUGAAUAUGAUCUGGUUUCAGCAGUCAAUAGGCAAAGCCCAUUUUACUACCAGGUUUCCGGAGCUCAUGUAAACAAUGACGUCUUCCUGGAUGAAGCCGUGGCGAGAUACAAAGGCUUUCUCCACGUGAUCAAGAGAAACAGAGAGAGGUCCAUUAAACGUUUCUGUGUUCCAACUUACGAUAUUGACCUUAUCUGGCACACUCACCAGCUUCAUCCAGUCUCCUACUGCAAGGAUUUGGAAAAGGCCAUUGGCAAGAUCCUUGAGCAUGACGACACUGACUCCGACAGGAGCAAAGGUAAGAAACUUGAUACCGGGUUUUCUGGAACUACGGCCCAGUGGGAGGAGACAUUCGGUAGAAGGUACUGGAAGGCUGGUGCUAUGUAUAGAGGAGGUGCCCCUGCUCCUGUCACAAAUUCUCCAUUUGCAUCUGACCUUUUAGGUAAAGAAGUAUCGGCCGAGGAUAGUGAGUGCCAUAAUGUAAUCCAGUUUCCAGAGGUGGAAGCUGUUGAGGUUCUUCUGGAGAUUGUCGGGGUUAAGAACUUACCAGAUGGUCACAAGGGAAAACCCUUUGUUGUGUUCAGCAAAACCCAGCCUGAUUCUCUGUUUAAUACCGAACGUAGACUGACUGUUCUGUCCGAGUCGGGGCAGAAGCAAGUUGCUUCAUUCCAGUGUGAACCGAAAGGAGAGCUUUGUUUCAGACUCAUGGCUUCAUCGCCUUGUAAGAUACCAGUUUCUAAGGAACCUAAAGACUUAGGUUCUGCUUCUUUGUCCCUACGGGAGUUCCUAGUUCCAGCUGCUAAACUCUCUGUCGAGAAAUGGCUGGAUUUGACACCUCCGGGUAACAGCAAGUCGGAUUCGAAACCCGUAAGCCUAAGGGUUGCUGUCUCAAUUACCCCGCCAACCCGCAGUCCACCUUUGCUUACCAUGGUUCGGUCUGGAUCAUCACUCAAAGGUUCUUGCUUUCCCAUGCUCCGAAAGGCUCGUCCUGCUAAGAGUUCGACACUCAUUGUUGAUGAAACCGAAGCUGAGGUCAUCAGCCUCGAAAUGAGGAACUCUAAUGGCGGAGCAGCUAAAGGUGACAACACUGUUAAGAAACAAGUGAUUGGCAUUAAAGAAUCUGGCGAAACCCUUGUGCUCGCUGAGUUUACUGGCAAGUUCUGGAAUUUGCUGGACUCAAAAUGGUCUCUGAAGCAUCUAAACAGUCCAAUGGCAGAUGGUCCUCUCUUCCAGCUUUUGGGGAGUCAUUUGGUGAAAGUUUACUCCGGGAGAAAGCUGGAUUAUGAGCCAAAGCACUGCACAAAGCGAAGAAGUGACCAAGAUUUCAUGACUGCAGUAGAGUUCUCAAAGCAACACCCAUAUGGAAAAGCUGUGGGAUUGCUCGACUUGAAGUUCCGUUCCUUCGAGGCAAAGGAGAACUGGGUGGUGUUACCAGGAAUCAUAUCUGCUUUUAUACUUGAUUCUAUCCCGAAGAAGGAAGGAUUUGGUGGGUGGAGUGCCGCAACAGAAGAUGAAGUGGAGGUAGGAAGUGAGGUUAAUGCAGCACCUGAAAAUGGCGGCGGCUGUGGAAGCGGAUGUGGAAUAACGGCAAAUGCGGCAGACUCUGCUGGCUGUGGAAGCGAAUGCGGUGGUGGGUGUGGUGGAAACACGGCGAAGGCGGCAGGCUCUGCCGGCUGUGGAAGCGGGUGCAGUGGUUGCGGUGGUGGGUGUGGCGGGAACAUGGUAAAGAGCGGAGGGUGCGGUGGUGGAUGUGGGGGGAACAUGGUCAAGAGCGGUGGUUGCAGCGGUGGUUGCGGCGGUGGCUGUGGAGGGUGCGGUGUUGGUACGUUGAAGGGUGCAACCGGAAAUUCCCCGGCGCAAACUGAGGCGGUUGCUGCUUGAUGUCUGUAUUCGUUCAAGCCCUGAAAUGGAAGGUUCUAUAUAUCUGUGUGUAUAUAUAUAUAUGUGUGUAUGUGUGUAAGAGAAUAAAACAAUGUGUAAUGGCUCUUUGUAAGAGCAACGUGUGGUGUCUGCCUGUGUAGUGAUAUUACAUAACUGUCAAGUGUGUUCUGUGAUAUAUUUCAAGUUUGUGUCUUCGUUUUUCCUA